UCUCUAUUCUCUCUCUCUUCGCCAGACAGAAGGCUCCCAUCUGAGUGUGAGGGAGAGAGAGAGAGGCAGACAGACAUAGGGAAAGAGAGAGAGAGAGAGAGAGAAAGAAAGCUCAUAUGGGCCGGUUCUGAAGCUGAAGUCUAGCAGGCACAUUCUGUGUUUCAGCUGCAGGAAAACUUUUAUUCCAGAGAAGAUGAUGAACUACCUCCUCCUCAGCCUGAUCACGGUGGUUCAGGCAGAUGUUCUGCCAGGUUCCUGUAGCUUUGAAAGCAGCACCUGUGAUUACACCUCUGACCCGGCCGGACUCAGCUGGACAUUCAGCCCCACCGGGCACUUUCUCACCGUGGAUGGAAGCCCCCAGGCUGGGCAGGAAAAAGAAAAGGCCGUUCUGGUGGGUCCAGAAGUGGAGCAGCAGGACUGGAACUGCCUCAGGAUGGUGUAUCAGCUGACAGGCAGCGCCACACUGCAGCUUCAGAGACGCUUGGAGGGGGAGAGUUUUGAUCACAUGCUGUGGUCGGCUCACAGCCCCUCGGACAGCUGGCUCGUCGCCAGCAUAGACCUCCAGAACUCCACCGAACCCUACAAGAUUGUUAUUGAGGGCAGACCUGGAUCAGCUGAAGGCAGCAGUGUGUCCAUCUUUGAGAUCAGCAUUUCAGAUAAAUACUGCAUAGAGUGUGAUUUUGAAGAGUCUCAUCUGUGUGGCUAUACAAAUCAGUGGAACAGCAAUGUGAACUGGUACGUGGGAAGAGGAGAUCCAAAUAGCCACACCCACAGUGAUGAGCCAGGCAAUUACAUGUACGUGGAUUCCGUCCACACCAAGACUCUUAAAGAAGUGGCCAAGCUGGUGUCACCCAUGACCAUGGUUCCUUUGUCGGGUUGUUUGAGCUUCCAGUACCAGCAGGACCAUGUGGACGGUCAUCUGUUCUCGGUCUACAGUAGAGACCGGGCUGGACAGUACCAGGAGUUGUGGAGAGCAGACCAACCUGAGAACAAUCAGGUGGACUGGGGGACAGAGACUGAGGUCUGGAUUCCUGUCCAAGUGGCUCUGAGAGCCCCCUAUCCUGUGGAGGUGGUAUUUGAAGUGUCGUUCAACAGUCCGAAAGGAGGCCGCGUGUUUCUGGAUGAUAUUUCCUUUUCUCCAGAGUUCUGCAGUGAAGAAACAGAACCCACGUUCGACCCGAAGGUGGCGGACUGUGAUUUUGAGCGGGGCUUCUGCCGGUACACUCAGCGAGCAGCAGACGCAGCACUGUGGAGGAGAGUAUCUGUGCAGCCGAACAUCUACAGAACAGGAGAUCACACCACAGGAACAGGUUCGUUCUUGCUGGCAAAUUCAGGCUUCACAAUGCAGUCUGGCUACGUCAGCCGGCUCUACGGCCCGCCGCUGCCAGGGAACCAGAAGUACUGCCUGAGGUUCUUCUACUCUCUCAGGGGCUUCAGUAAAACGGGCCAAGCGCUGGCUGUGUAUCUGUACGACACAGCUGGACCAAAACAAGACGAAAUAUGGGCCCAGAGUGAGAAGACCAGAGAUGCCUGGAUACAAACUGAACUAUCUAUCCAGAGUCAGAAGACUACUCAGGUGGUGUUCGUCAGCACGUGUAAAAGCUUCUGGACGUGUGGCUAUGUUGGCCUUGAUGACAUUACUGUCAGUCUUGGGGAUUGUGAGCUCCAAUUAGGACCUCCUUCUCAUCCUUCUCACUGUAACUUCGAGACUGGACUGUGUGGCUACACACAGGACAAACACGGUGAUGAAGCAGACUGGGUUCUGGCUAAAGGCCCGACACCAACAUCCUACACAGGACCAAUAGGAGAUCACACAACUGGAGUUGGUCACUAUUUGCACAUCGAGGCCUCCCAGAUGUUUGCAGGCCACAGAGCGCGUCUGGUCUCCAGCGUUCUCCGCGGUUCUAAAGGUCCACAGUGCCUGCAGUUCUUUUACCAUAUGUACGGCUCUGGCACAGGAACGCUGAGCGUCCUGCUGAGCUCAGAUCUAGAGGAAGAAGACAGGGUCCUGUGGGUGCACAGCGGAGAACAGGGCAUCUCCUGGGUUAGAGCAUCAGUGAGCUACCAGUAUGAUCAUUCACACCAAAUCGUUUUUGAAGCUCUCCGGGGGCCGUCUCUACGAAGUGAUAUUGCGAUUGAUGACAUCAUAUUUCAAAAGGGACCCUGCAAAGAUUCUGACCGGCCAGCAUCUGGAGAUCUUAACAACAUUGAAUAAAACAUUAAAUACAGCACACAGAGGUUAAUCGUAAUUAACAAAAUUUGGGGGAACACUUGAAAAAGAGGAGAUGUGUUUUUUGAGUUAGUCAGUCAUCCCUGGCUCCUCGCUCUUUGUAACUAACUUGAAAACAAAUUUGCUAUCUGGAUUGGGAGAUUAAAGUAGGAUUUUACGAGUUUGCUUGUACUAUAUGAUUGCGUCAUGAUAAAGAUUUUUUAAUAAAGCUCAGUUCUGCAGUAUGUUUGGUUUAUACAUAUCACUGAACUAUGGAGUAGAUAUAGUGUUUAUGGAGAAUCUUUAAUAAAGAGGAAAUUAUACUG